AUGAAAAAUAUGCCUAAAAAUGAAGUCUUACUCGAAGACAGUUUCACUAAAGUGAAGCACCCAUUGGUUACUCGCGAGGCAAGUGGUGAAUGUGCGGAUCAAUUGGUGACAAUGUACUGCUGCGGGCCCACCGUCUACGAGGACAGCCAUUUGGGUCACGCCAUCACUUACUUGAGGUGUGAUCUCAUGCGGAAGGCUCUUCACUAUUACCACAACAUCCAUGUAGUGAUGGCUAUGAAUAUCACAGACAUCGACGACAAGAUCAUCGCCAAAGCGAUUGAGACGAACACUGACUUCAGGAAAGUGUCUAAUAUUUACUUGAAGUCAUUCAUGGAUGACAUGAAAGCGUUGAACAUAUGGGACGCCGACUGCUAUCUGCGAGUCAGUGACCACUUGAAGACAAUCAUGGAUUACAUAAACACUAUUCGUGACAAAGGGUUGGCGUAUAUCAGCCCUAAUAAUGACAUUAACUUUGAUUUCGAGCACUUCGUCAAGACAUUGAAUAUCUCCGAUACGAUCGGAACCGAUGGCACUCUUGUGAGCGACAAAUCUGUGGGCAAGAAGUCGCCCAAAGACUUCACUCUAUGGAAAGCCGCCAAACCGGGAGAACCCAAAUGGGAUUUAUUGACCACCGAUGGCAUGAGUAUAGCCGGAAGACCCGGUUGGCACAUAGAGUGCAGUGCUUUGUGCCACAAAGUGUUUGGCCAUCGAUUGGAUGUGCAUUUCGGUGGCAUUGAUCUCCGGUUCCCUCACCAUCACUGCGAGUCCUGUUGUAGUCAUGCCUUUCAUCAAACAGUUCCCUCGAAGCCAUUGUAUGAAUGGGUUCGGAUUUGGCUCCAUUCCGGUCAUCUCAACCUCAUGUCCGACAAAAUGAGCAAAUCUUUAGGAAAUGUUAUUCUAAUCAAAGAUUUUCUUAAGAAUCAUUCGCCAAAUAUUCUGAGGCUGUCAUGCAUUACAUCUCAUUAUCGCUCACAUCUCGUAUAUGAAGACAAUCUCUUACAUGAAAUGAAAAGUAUUGAUAAAAGACUUCUCGAUUUCAAAGAAGAAAGACUUAUUUCAGAGGGAAUUGCAGAUGAUUUGGAUCUAGAAAUGGGUUUAAACGCUAUCCUACUUCUGGCAAAACGAUUCAAUUCAAUGAAUAACUUCACACUUUUGGAGUUAAUCCGAACUAAACAAGUGCUUAACAAAUGGUUAGAUAGUAUGGGAUUAAAGUAUAGCAAAUCUUAUGGCGACAACGAUGGUCAGAGUGUCACCGAAUUAGUUGUUAUCAAAUCAUUUUCAAAAUUCCGAACUGAUGUCAGAAACAUAGCUUUGAAUUCAAUAAAAAGCAGCAAAAAGUUGUCAUCGAAUCCAGAGUUGGCUUCCAAUGAGAUGCAGAAGAGUGGCCAACAGUUGCUGUCUCUGUGCGAUGGCCUUCGCCAACAGUUGGAUGUUAAGAAGAAAAAAGAUUGUAAUUACAGAGAGAAAGAGAGGGAUAGGGAUAGGGAUAGGGAGAGCACACCUGAAACUACUUGUGCGCAAUGA